AUGUUCAACCCAUAUGACUACCCGGAUACACUGGACUUGAAGCAAUGUGAUUGGCACCAAGCAGGUACGCAUGAACAACAUUUCAAUAGGAUCGCAGAAGAUCUGGAUGACCUAAUUGAAUUGCGCAAAGACCCGAGACCCAAAAUCCAGCGUGUUUUAGAAAUCCAAGCGAAUCUUCAUCAGAUUUUGGAUCAAGUCAUUCGUGCCAUUCAAGAAAUCAUUCCUGGAAACGUACCUCAACCCAGCCCAACGAACGAUCAGCAUUUCGAAGAGUUCAAAUGCUACAGAUUAGACGGCCUGGUCGACUGUAUUCGAGGAAGAUUAGAACUUAACAUCAGCGACUUCCUUUAUGCCUCCCGUAAGAUUAUUGAAGAACUCAAGCUCCCAGGAUGGAAGGCCCGGCCAACGACCCUGAAGAGUCGACCUUAUCUCGAUUCGGCAUUCGAUUGUACCAUUAAAUGGCUCAAAGGCUCUGAGUUACAGAUUAUCCUGGAUGCUUGGGAAGAUUCAUCAAGAAGCCUUGACAAUGUCUCGGCUGACAACACGUAUUUCCACCUGACCCAUCCAGCAUUUGCCCCUCCCAGGAGCCAAGCAGCCACUCAGCUCGUCAGAUCAACAACACCAAUCAUCAAAUUACCGAACCUUUUUUUUGACAAGUUAUCAAGAUAUCAGCGAAUGGGCAGAAAACAGCUGCCCUCAUUUACAGAAAUGUCUUCUCAUCAACUAUAUUCUUUGCAAAUAUCAUCUGAACAAUUCAGAAGCGCUCUCUCGCAAUUGGUGUCUCACUUGCAAGAAGUUGAUGACGAUCCACCGGCCCUCGAUAGCUACUACGUCAUUCGAGAUAUCCAAUCCCUCUCGACUUGUUUUCGAUCUCUGGUGCCUCUUGUAGAACUUUACAUUGCACCGUUAUUCCCAGACGUCAAUGGAGUUUCUUCUCAAGUUUAUUCCAAAUCCUGGUUUAUCACUUGGAACACUUUGUUCUUUACAGCUACCCAUAAUGCCAUCCAAGCUGCCACUGUCUUUGCACAAAAUAAUCAUCUUUAACAAAAACUGCAUUUCUUUUGUUUCAUUUUAUCAAAACAGUAGAAGAACAAUUUAUCCUGCUCUGAAGUCCUGUAGUACAUCCCAUAUAAGAUUGAUCCUCGUUCUAUGAAAACCACAACAGUAGAGAGUGAGGGGGAAUCUGCUUUGGAUUCAAAACCAUCAAGUCU